AACGGCGUGAGCGUGCACUGUACAUCAUCAUCAGACAACGGCUGAGCCGGGCUCGGUGCGGGGCGCUACUGCUGCGGGAAGAUGUUCGGGAACCUGCUCAAAGACUUCGAGGAAGACCAGUUCUUUUCAGAUCCAUUCACUGCACACCAAGAACAUGUCAGACAGAUGAUGAGAAGUUUCUCUGAUCCUUUUGGCCGGGAUCCCUUCUUUAGUAUCACAGAUGGCAGAUCUCAUGGCCGCAGAGGGCAGCACGGUUCCCAGGUGGCUCUGAGGGAAGAUCACAGGGCUUCAAGUCUAUCCCAUAUGCCUAGUGCCCCCUUUUCUAGCUUGGCCACUGAUUUCAAAGAUACUUUCCACUCCUUUGACAGUGUGAUGGCAAACAUGAGGAACAAAAUGAUAGAUAUGCACAAACAAAUUGAAGGGUUGGCAGACCGGCCUGACACUCACUCAUUUCAGUCCUCUACAGUAAUGACAUACUCCAAGACUGGAGAUGAGCCCGCUAAGAUUUUCCAAGCAUCAAGUCAAACCCGCAAAGCCCCGGGCGGAAUAAAAGAAACUAAGAAAGCAGUCCGUGAUUCUGAAAGUGGAGUAGAAAAAAUAGCUGUUGGACAUCACAUUAAAGAUCGUGCCCAUAUUGUCAAGAAAUUGAAAAACAACAAGACAGGGAACCAUGAAGUCGACCAAGAAUUUGUUAAUCUCGAUGAAUCUGAGGCACCGAUCUUUAACAAUGAAUGGGACAGGAAGGUCUCAAAGUUCCACUCCUUUGAAAAUAACUUCCCCUUAGAGGCUCCUAAACGCCAAAGUGCUCACUAUUCCACAAAAAUAGGACCCCCUGAUCUGCCACGGAGGGAGCGGAACAUCUCCAAAAUGGUCAUCUAGAGGAUACGUCACAGCAUGUUACUUGUAACAACAGCGUUUCAUAAGUAAACAACAGAACAUUUGGUAACAUAGGAGACGUGAGCUGACGCUUUGUAUCAGGGCUUCAAAAUAAAUAAGAUGUGCGCAUUUGA